AUGCAAGACGACUGGGAUGAUUGGUUGCCCGCGGCGUUGUAUGCCUACAAUGGAGCAAAACACUCGACAACGAAUUUCAGCCCGAACGAACUCAUGAUGGGCCGCCAGCUUCGGUCGCCGAAUGAGUUGCUACUAAGUCAUCGAGUGACAACGAUCGACAACUACGGCGAGUACCACAAGUCAUUGGUUGAGCAGAUGGAUAGGACACGCAACCUGGCUGAUGUUUUUACUGCCCAAGAACAAGCCCGUCAAGCAAAGUACUAUGACAGAUCGACAGUGCGCAAGAAAGAACACUUCAAACCGGGGAUGCUAGUGUGGCUGUACAAACCUCCUCGUGGCAACGGGGUCACAAAGCUUGUCCACCGUUGGGUAUGA